CAGCUAGAAAGCGGCGGAUGUGCGACUGUUUACUCCUAGACCGAGAUUGAAAGCAGGCUAGCUAAUGGCUAUGUUUCAAUCAGAAUGAUAUCGCAGCGAGAAAGAGGGGAACUUGCUCGGUUUUACACUGUCACGGACCCCAAAAAGCACCAGAAAGGUUACACUGUGUAUAAAGUCACUGCAAGGAUCAUCUCCAGAAAGAACCCAGAGGAUGUCCAGGAGAUAACAGUCUGGAAGAGGUAUAGUGAUUUCCGGAAGCUUCACCGCGACCUCUGGCAGCUCCACAGGAAUCUCUGCAGCCAAUCGGAGCUCUUCCCUCCCUUUGCCAAGGCUAAGGUCUUUGGUCGUUUUGAAGACACAGUGAUCGAGGAGAGGAGACAGUGUUCUGAGGAUCUUCUACAGUUCUCUGCCAACAUCCCUGCUCUUUAUAGCAGUCAGCACAUCCAGGACUUCUUCAAGGGAGGGGAGGUCCAAGACAGCUCGGAGCUAAUUGGUCCAGCCGAACCCUUCUCAGACUUCUUGGCUGAAAGCUUAUCAGACUGCACCUCUGAAGUUCAGAGAGAUAUCAGUGGGGCUGAUGAUCUGACUGUGACCAGUCAGUCUGAGUAUGGAGGUCGGUCCAGUGACGGCGACUUGACCUCUCUGGCUGUGGACGCAGACUCUCUGGCCGAGCUGGACGAUGGCAUGGCCUCGGGACGCACCUCCCCAAACCAGCCGCCGCCUCCUGGGAGCGCCACCCUCAGCACCAGCAGCAGUCCCCUCCUGCCCUCCCUGCAUGAUCGCCUCCGCGGCCCAGCCUUAGUCUCAGCCCCAGUCCCAGUCCCGACUCCAGUCCCAGAGGUCAGCCAGCCCGCGAGAGCGCAGCUGUUCCCCGGCAGCUUGAAGAGAGCUAGCGCCAGCGCUAAGGAAGUGAAGCCCGACUACCUGGACAGGGCCAGCGAGCGCAUCCGAUUGGCCGUGCAGAAGGAAGAGGAGCAGGAUUACCAGGCUGCGUUUUCCUACUACCGUGGUGGGGUGGACCUGCUUCUGCAGGGCGUGCAAGGCGAGGCCAGCCCCACGAGGCGUGAAGCGGUCAAGAGGCGGACCGCCGAGUACUUGAUGCGUGCCGAGCAGAUAUCCAGCCAGCACCUGAGAAGCAGCAUGGGUCAAGGGUCAAUGCAGGCAGUGGCGAUGGGGCAGCAGUGCCCCACUUCCACCAGCAGAGGGCGAGAGCAGAGUCCAGCGGAGGAGCUGACAGCCUACAGAGUACUGGGUGUUAUCGACAAGGUUCUUCUGGUCAUGGACAAGAGGACACAGGAGACGUUCAUUCUCAAAGGCCUGAGGAAGAGCAGCGAGUGUGGGAGGACCAAGCGGACCAUCAUGCCUCACUCCGUGCCCCACAUGGUGAGGCUGAGGAAGUUCGUCGUCUCCGAGGACACCGUCUUCCUGCUGCUCCAGUACGCCGAGGGGGGGAAGCUGUGGUCUCACAUUGGGAGGUUCCUGAGGAGCUCCAGCCCGGAGGACAGCUUCGACAUCCCCUUCAUCCAGAAGAGCCACACCACGGCGAUCCACUCCCCCCUGCAUGGCGUGUCUCAGCUGGGCCUGGAUUCCGCCAGCUCCGGGUCCGGCUCGGGUUCGGGUUCGGGGCUCCAGAGGGUAAGGGAGGCCCUCUUGGCACUACCCCCGAAAAGUGGCCUCCCACCUGGGGUGGUGAACAGCCAGGACUCCGGAGCCACCUCCGAGGAAGAAUGCACCAACAGCUACCUGACGCUCUGCAACGAGUACGAGCAGGAGAAGGUGGAACCGGAGGAGGGGGGGGGGGAGAAGGAGGGGGACGACGGGGAGGGGGGCGUCUCGAUGGGGCAGGAAGCGUCAUCGUUGGAGGUGACCGGCGCCACGACGACCACCUCCUCCCGGACGCGCUCGCCGCUCAGCAACGACAGCCUGUCGCCCAUCAGCGCACAGGAGCUGCUCUUCUUCACGGAGGACGGCGGCGACGCCCGUCGCCACGGCGACCUGCCGGAGCACGGCGAGGUGUUCAGCCCCCUGCCGUCCCCCGCCGCCCCCCUCUCCCUGGACCAGUCCAAACGCACGCCCAUGGAGUUCUUCCGCAUCGACAGCAAGGACAGUGCCAGCGAGGUCGCCUGCUCCGAGGCCGGGGAACUCCGACUCAAACCCUUUCCCUCCAACCCCCCCCUCUCCCUGUUCUCCGCCUCGGACCUGGAGCCCGACUUCCCCGGAGAACCCCUGGAGCUGGCCCGGGAGGUCAAAGGUCACCCGUCGGAGCCGUGGGGGCCCGACGGCAGCGACGGGGGCUCCAACGAAUCGGUGCCCGUCAUCUCCUUCAAGGAGGCGUCGGUGGAGGACGAGGCCCAGCCCCCCGACCUCCUGGUCAACCUCCCGGGAGUCAUGGGCGAGGCCCUGGAGGAGGAGCGGGCCUCGACAGGGGGCUGUCUGGCCCUGGAGGCCAAGGCCUCGCCCAAGUUCACCCAGCCAGACGUGCUGCAGCUGCCCUGCGAGCUGGAGGAAGGGGAGGAGCUGACGUUGGAGAGGGAAGCGGGGGAGGCCCCCUCCUGGGUGGACGGACGACCCCCCUGCGUCUCUCUGCUGGAUGACUGCGGCCUGGCGUUCGGACGAGAGGCAGAACGCCCAAAUAAGGACUUGCCAGUGGCUCCUCCCUCCGACUCCGACUUCCUCUUCGCCGACGCUCUCAACGAGAGCCUCGAAGCCGUCCGGAACGCUCCCACGGACAAAGGCUCCGUCCUUCACCCAGACUCGAGUAGCGUCGGCUCAGACCGGGCCGUGAGCGGGAUCCCCGCCGUUUCCGAGGCCGAGGCGGGGGCGGAGGUGAGGUCCGGGGAGGCGGCGACGGGUCGUGAGGUGGCGCCGGGCGGCGUGGACCGAGACGCCUCUCGCCUGUUUGCGGCGCUGGACGAGCUGUGCGCGGCGGCGGCGACGCAGGUUCGAAUCCCCGAGGAGUUUGUGCGCUGCUGGGCGGUGGAGAUGGUCCUGGCCCUGGACGGCCUGCACCAGGAGGGGGUGGUGUGUCGCGACCUCAACCCCGACAACAUCCUGCUCAACCAGAAAGGUCACGUGGAACUCACAUACUUCUGCAGCUGGAGUGAGGUGGAGGAGUCGUACGACAGGAAGGCCAUAGCCAACAUGUACUGUGCACCAGAAGUGGGAGGCAUCGGUGAGGAGACGGCGGCGUGUGAUUGGUGGAGUUUAGGGGCCAUCUUGUUUGAGCUGCUCACAGGCAAGUCUCUGCUGCAGUGUCACCCGGCAGGGAUCAGUCGUCACACUGCCCUCAACAUACCCGAGUUUGUGUCGGAGGAGGCCAGGUCACUGCUACAGCAGCUGCUCCAGUAUAACUCGGUGGAGAGGCUGGGGGCGGGCGUGGCAGGAGCAGAGGACAUCAAGUCACACCCGUUCUUCGCCAGAGUGGACUGGCCCAAAUGAGCACCAGUGCGUUGUGGGACGGUGGAGAGUAGCAGGAACAAUCUGCUGGAGGUCCGGAAACGGAAACACGCACAUGUGCGCGCACACACACAGACACAGACAGAUGUCCAUACCCAACCCCAUGCCUAUCCCAUCACUCAUCUGCCAACCUGACAACAGUCCUCCGGAGACACCCGAGCCGUUCCCCAUGGUGACGACUCCAUGGCGACGGUCCCCUGUACUUCCCUUGGACACACCCACUGGCAUGGAGCAAACUGUAAAAAGACUUUUUGAAGACUUUAUUUCUCAUUUGUGCAGGUUUUUCAGGGCAGUUGCUUGCUUAUCUGGCACGCUACUCCUCCUCGUUGAUCUCCAGGAGGCUGACAUGGACCUCCUCCUUGGUGUGGAGGUUCAGCCUACUCUCCUGGUGUGCAGUACACUGAGACACAGGUGGGGGAGUGGGUUAGUGCUGGUUCACUAAGGCCUGCUUGUUUUUACAUUUUGCUGCUUGAAGUUGUGCACUAAAUCACCUGACUAAGCUGGAGAGGUACGGUAACGUCCACAAUCGACAAAGUGACGUUAUAUUUCCAUCCCUCGGGCAGUUUAACAGUCCAUAGCAUUUCUAAAGAGUUGAUUAGCCAUUCUUGAAACUGAACACAAACACACUGAAGCCAUUUCCUGAGUGUGACUAACAGCCUUGUGUGUAAUAUGUAAUAUUGCCACACCCUUGCACUGUGUUCGCUACCUAUGCCAAGAGAUGCCAAUAGGUCCACAAUGAAGGUGUUCUGUAUAUUCAAAUAUUUUUGUAUUGACACAAAAUAUGUUGGAUGCACUGAUGGUAGAAUAUACUGUUUAUCAUCCAGCAACAAGGCUCAUUGUCCUGAAACAGAUAUACUGCCAGCCCCCCUUUAUGUGCCAACCAAGUGAUUGAGCAAUGGCUGAAAUAUAGGAGUUUUAUUCGAUAAAUUCCCAGAAAUAGAUUUAAUACAUUUUAAAUGGUUUUGCCUGAGAUUUUGCUUUUAGGGAUUGUACAUGUUCUAGUAAAGAUAGUUGUGUUUUUUUUAUAUGGAGAAACUCACACUGUAGGGCCUACUGUAAAAUCUUUUUUUUUUUAUGUGAAUUUAAGAGUUUAAAAUGUAUGAUAUUUAAAGUAAGAACAAAAGUAAUUAUAAUAAAUAAUGGAUGUUUACACGUUUAACUUGCCAUGUCCACUGUGUCUAAAUCAUUGUAAUCCUAGUAUGACAUGUUAAGAUCUAUCUUCCUGGCCCAUCCCACCACACCAUCGGCCACCCUGUCAAUCACUCAACCUCAGGCCAAUCAAACCCUUUCCCUAUCGGUUUGUCCCUCCCAUUGGAUGAUGUGGUGGAUCCCUCAGCCCAGGAGGUGUGCCUGAGUGCUAGUGCGGGGAGGACUGGGACUAGAGGAACACCCAUGUGUACAGUCUGGCUGCAGCGAUGAGGAUCUGUGCUCCCAUAAUGUGCUGUACUGUAUAUUGCCCUCCGCUGUGCUCUAUCAGUCUGCCCUCUCACACUACUCAAUAAACAUACCUGGAUAAUA